GUGACCUGGAUGAGGAGAUCAUUCCGGAAGAAGACAUCGUUUCCAGAAGCCAGCUCCCUGAGAGCUGGCUGUGGACCAUCGUGGAGUUAAAGGAUCCAGAGAAAAAUGGAGUCUCCUCCAAGAUCAUAGAGGUGAUUUUGAGAAACUCCACCACCACCUGGGAGAUCAUGGCUGUGAGCUUGUCCGACAGGAAAGGGAUCUGUGUGGCUGACCCCUAUGAGGUGACAGUGGUGCAAGAUUUCUUCAUCGACCUGCAGCUGCCCUACUCUGUGGUUCUUAAGGAACAUGUGGAGAUCCGAGCCGUCCUCUACAACUACCGGGAAGUAGAUACACUCACGGUGAGAGUAGAAAUGCUCUACAAUCCAGCCUUCUGCAGCUUGGCCACUGCCAAGAAGCGUCACCUGCAGACUGUAUCCAUCCCUCCCAAGUCCUCCCUGGCCGUGCCUUAUGUCAUUGUGCCCCUGAAGACUGGCCUGCAGGAGGUAGAGGUCAAGGCCACUGUCUAUCGGUACUUCAUCACCGACGGUGUAAGGAAGACCCUGAAGGUCGUGCCUGAAGGAAUCAGAAUGAACAAAACUGUGGCCGUUAAGACACUGGAUCCACAACACCUGGGCCAAAACGGUGUGCAGCGAGUGGAGGUCGAGGCUGCAGACCUCAGUGACCAAGUCCCUGACACAGAGUCGGAAACCAGGAUCCUCCUGCAGGGGACCCCAGUGGCCCAGAUGGCAGAGGAGGCCAUUGAUGGGCAGCGGCUGAAACACCUCAUUGUGACCCCCGGGGGCAGUGGAGAGCAUCACAUGAUCGGUGUGACGCCCACGGUCAUCGCGGUGCACUACCUGGACCACUCUGAGCAGUGGGACAAGUUUGGCAUUGACAAGCGGCAGGAGGCCCUGGAACUCAUCAAGAAGGGGUACACGCAGCAACUGACCUACAGACAUCCCAACAAGGCCUUUGCUGCCUACCAGAGUCGGAGGUCCAGCACCUGGCUGACAGCCUAUGUGGUCAAGGUCUUCUCUCUGGCCGCCAACCUCAUCGCCAUUGACUCCGAAGUCAUCUGUGGGGCUGUCAAAUGGCUGAUCCUGGAGAAGCAGAGACCUGAUGGAGUCUUCCAGGAGGAUGGGCCCGUGAUACACCAAGAAAUGACUGGUGGCUACAGGGAAGCUGAGGAGAAAGAUGUGUCCCUCACAGCCUUCGUUCUCAUCGCGCUGCAGGAGGCUAAAGAUACUUGCGAAGGACAUGUCAACAACCUUGGGGGCAGCAUCAAUAAGGCCGGAGACUUCCUUCAAACACACUACAUGAACUUGAAGAGACCAUAUGCUGUGGCCAUUGCUGGCUAUGCCCUGGCCCAGUUGGGCAAGCUGGAGGGUCCUCUCCUGGACACAUUUCUGAAAGCAGCCACAGAUAAGAACCACUGGAAGGAGCCUGAGCAAAGGCUCCACACUAUAGAGGCCACAUCCUAUGCCCUGUUGGCUCUGCUGCUGCUCAAAGACUUUGACUCUGUACCUCCUGUUGUGCGCUGGCUCAACGAGCAGAGAUUCUACGGAGGUGGCUAUGGCACCACCCAGGCCACUUUCAUGGUGUUCCAAGCCUUGGCCCAAUACCAGAGGGAUGUCCCUGACCAUGAGGAUCUGAAUCUGGAUGUGUCCAUUGACCUGCCCAGCCGCAGCUCUGUGGUCACGCACCGCAUCCUCUGGGAAUCCGCUAGCCUCCUGCGAUUAGAAACGACCAAGGAAAAUGAGAAUUUCACAGUAACAGCUAAAGGGAAAGGACAAGGCACCUUGUCGGUGGUGACAAUGUACCAGGCCAAGAUCAAAGGCAGAACCUCUUGCAAUAAGUUCAGUCUCAAGGUUAACCUGCGACCAGCCCCUGAAGUGAAGAAGCCUCAGGACGCCAAGAGCACCAUGUUACUCAACAUCUGUACCAGGUACCUGGGAGACCACGAUGCCACUAUGUCCAUCCUGGAUAUAUCCAUGAUGACUGGCUUUGCUCCUGACACUGCUGACCUCAAGCAGCUGGCCAGUGGCACUGACACGUACAUCUCAAAGUUAGAGUUGGACAACAAGGCCUUCUCCAACAAGAACACCCUCAUCAUCUACCUGAAAAAGAUCUCACACGAUCAAGAGGACUGUGUAUCCUUCAAAGUUCACCAGUUCUUUAACGUGGGGCUCAUCCAGCCGGGGGCAGUCAAGGUGUACUCCUAUUACAACCCGGAUGAGACUUGUACCCAGUUGUACCACCCGGAGAAGGAAGAUGGAAUGCUGAGCGAACUCUGCCACAAUGAAAUAUGCCGCUGUGCUGAGGAGAGCUGCUUCAUGCACCAUUCAGAGGACCAGGUCACCCCAGAAGACCGGGUGGACAAGACCUGUGAGCCAGGAGUGGACUAUGUGUACAAGACCAGUCUGCUCAGGAAGGAGCUGUCCGAUGAUUAUGACGAGUACAUAAUGGUCCUCAAGCAGAUCAUCAAAUCAGGCACAGACGAGGUGCAGCCUGAACAGGAGCGCAGGUUCAUCAGCCCCGUCAAGUGCAGAGCAGCCCUGAAGUUGCAGGAGGGGAAACACUACCUCAUAUGGGGCCUCUCCUCAGACCUGUGGGGAGAGAAAUCCAACAUCAAGUACAUCAUCGGGAAGGACACCUGGGUAGAGCUGUGGCCUGAAGCAGACGAAUGCCAAGACGAUGAGAACAAGAAGCUGUGCAGGGACCUGGCCAGCUUCAGAGAGAAUAUGAUCGUGUUUGGCUGUCCCAACUGA